ACAUUGAAAACAACUAAAAUCAUGGCAGGAAUUCCAUCCCAGUUAGUAAUUUUGACAGAGGAUCCAGUCAAUUUUCCAAUAGAGACUGCAUUGAUAAUCAUGAGGGAGCUCUUCAUAUUUGGCGUCAAAGAUAUAUCACUAAAGAAAGACAAGAUUUUUGUAAUGCUAACAUAUACACCAAAUUCGAAACACCUAAAACGAAAAUUUGGAAAUCUUCCAAUCCGCUACAUGCGGACCAAAAUUCAGUCGGAGGAAGAAUUCCAAAAAGUAGAAGAAGCGGUAAAAAGAUACCGCUUCAACCUUAUCGACGACGAAUAUGAAGAGUUCGAAAAACAACAACAAAUACAAACAAAUACUGGUAUAAAGAGGACGCUCUACAUCCAGGGAACGUCGGGAACGUCAGCAAAGAAAAUAAAACCCAGUACAAGCAGUACUCCUGUGGUGGAGUUGCAUGACGAUGAUGACUAUGAGGACAUAGAGCAUUUUCUAACUCAGAGGACACCACAAUGAAAAGUCCUCUGAUGUAUGGUCCCCUAAGGAGUUGAGAGACGAGAAGCGGUAGAAUUUUAAUUAUAUAAUAAAGCUAUAAAAUAUAAUGUAAGUUAAUUUAUAUAUUGUUGAAUAGAUUAGGUUAAUUUUAAUAAAAUACUUUUUAAUGAUA